AUGACGGUGACGUACUCCAGUAAAGUGGCCAACGCGACCUUCUUCGGGUUCCACCGGCUGCUGCUGCGCUGGAAGGGAAGCAUCUACAAGCUGCUGUACCGGGAGUUCACCGUGUUCGCUCUGCUCUACACUUUGUGUCCUCUGUCCUCCAGGCUCGUCCUCACCAACGACCAGAAGAGACUGUUCGAGAAACUUUCCAUGUACUGUGACAAAUACGCAGAGCAGAUCCCGGUCACCUUCGUACUGGGUUUUUAUGUGACUCUGGUGGUGAAUCGAUGGUGGAAUCAGUUUGUUAACCUUCCCUGGACUGACAGACUCAUGUUCCUCAUCUCCAGCUGUGUUCAGGGUAAAGAUGAAUAUGGCCGCCUGCUCCGCCGGACGCUUGUACGUUACGUUAACCUGACAUCGCUCCUCAUCUUUCGCUCCGUCAGCACGGCAGUCUGUAAACGCUUCCCGACCAUGGACCACGUGGUCGAAGCAGGUUUUAUGACUCCAGAGGAGAGAAAGGUGUUUGAGAAUGUCCCCUCUCCUCAUCUGAAGUACUGGAUUCCUGUCGUCUGGUUCUCUAACCUGGCGUCUAAAGCUCGACAGGAAGGACGCAUCCAAGACAGCCAUGACCUGCAGAGCAUCCUCAAGGAGAUGAAUCAGUUCAGGACUUGGUGUGCAACUCUUUUUGGCUACGACUGGGUGGGCAUCCCGCUGGUCUACACACAGGUUGUGACUUUAGCCGUCUACACGUUCUUCUUCGCUUGUCUGAUUGGUCGACAGUUCCUUGAUCCCACUCAGGGUUACCAGGGUCAUGACCUCGACCUUUACGUCCCUAUUUUCACCCUGCUACAGUUCUUCUUCUACUCCGGCUGGCUGAAGGUUGCAGAGCAGCUGAUUAACCCGUUCGGAGAGGACGAUGAUGACUUUGAAGCUAACUGGAUCAUCGACAGGAAUCUUCAGGUGUCUCUUCUGGCUGUGGAUGAGAUGCAUAUGAACCUGCCUCAUAUGACCAAAGACAUGUACUGGAACGACAGCGAGGCGCGUCCGCCAUACACACUGGCUGCUGCUGACUACUGUAUCCCUUCUUUCCUGGGUUCCACCAGUGAUAUGGGACUCUCCGAAAUCCUCCACUUGGACGAAGCUGAUGUUGUUGACAAUCGGCCCCGGCAACAGGACUCCGUUAUGACUCGGCGCCAAGAAUCGGUCCUGGGUCGAGUCCGCCGGCUGUUGAGCGUUCAGGAGCCUCCUGAACUUCGACCUCCUCGACCCAUCUUUAAACGACAUAGCAGCGAUGCAACAGGCAGCUUCUUCCCAGAUUUCAGGAUCAAUCCAGGUUCAGAGGACAUGGGUCCACCCUCCUUCUUGGUCAUGCCCCCACCUGUCAUGGACUCGCUGUCCACCCUGAAGGAAGUCAGCAGCAAUCCACCCUCCCCUGAAACCUCACCAUCUGCCGUUUUCCCCCAGUUGGUCGUCAGUCCACCUUUGUCCAGUGAUGUCUGUCACAACGUGGAUUCUUCUGGCGAUGGUGAAGCAGCAAAACCUCACAAUGGGCUGGAUAUGUCCCCGACUGAGGAGCUGCCAACCUUGGACACUCCAAGAACCAGCUUCUCAGUUUGUUGUUCCCCGACUCAAUUGGGACCUAAAGAGUUUCGAUGGACAUCACUCAGUGUUCGCCCACCAACCCGGCCACGAGGGCGCCAGUUCUCCCUCCAGUUUUCCAGGCAGACAUCGAAGGCCUCAGUUCGCAGCCUGCCAAGCCCCAACGCUUUGGGUAGGCGGAGACGAUGCCUGGCUCGAUUCCAGUCUCGGCGCUCACCCGGUCCACAAUCUGACACUCUGCAACUCCCUGACCCCGACUAUAACCAGGAGUUUCAGGGUAUUGCAGGGACUGACGAUGAUGAUAAAGAUGAAACCAACACCACUGAUGAUACUGCAAGCAACACCCAGUCGCAGAGCUCGGAAAAAGAUCAGAACAGUCACACAGGAACAUAA